AUGGAAUACCUGACCGUCAGUCCAUCAGACCAGCGUGUGCGUGUGCGUGUCGAUUCAUCAGAGAGUGGAAAUGAACCAAAUGCAAUUCUCUCUUAUACUGCUGUGCUGGGUAUAUCGCUAUCAACCAUGCAUUUCACGAACUACUUCCUCGCCCUCCUCCCAUUCUUGACGCCCUCACUCGCCUCCUCAACCCCCACAGCCCGCAUCUGGGCCGAAUUCUUCCCCUCCUGUCCCAUCAACCGCAUCCACCCAGUCUCUGCCCCAGACCACCUGCCCCACGAGGAGUUCAUCUCAGCGCUCAACAUCUUCCCGGGGACCUGCACGAACAUCUUGGUGCCGCUCUCGUACGGCCGCGAGGUAACACACAUGUCCUUCGACGCGGAAGUCGAAGGCUCCAGACCCGAGAAAUGCAGCAUUGCCGUGCACGAAGUCCCCGGGUGCGUCGACCCGCCUCUCCUCGAAGAGGAAGUGAAGCACGGCGUCGCGUCCAGCGAUUGCGUCCCCAGGAACUUCGUCUCGUAUAACCAGGUCUGGGUCAGGUUGGACUGCGAAGAGGAAGAGGACGAGGAGGUGCAGUCGCCUGUACAACCAGCGCAUAGGCGUGGGCCCGUGCUUCAUGGCCGUCCUCAUCUUCAUGUUAACAAGUCGAUUGAGUUGGCGGAUCAGACUGCGCCUUAUUCGAAUGGGACGGGUUCCAGUGCUGCUGCCAGGCCGGUCUCGCUGCGGAGGGCCCUGCGGAUACGGUUGUAG